GCUCUGAUGAAGGGCUCCCUGUAACUUGUUCCCCAGUAAUGGUUUAAAGGAUGAUCACAAGAACAGCAGUGCUGUAUUCUGUCUCGUUUUGCAUAGUGCAUUAAAUGUUAAUGGACUCGUCACUGCCCCCAAAUGCAGAAGAGCAGUCAGCACCAAUGGGAAGUUGAUUAAGAAAAAAUGCAAUUGCAACCAAUUUAGAUAAGUUCAAAAACAUUUUGAAAAUAGAGAGAGUAAGCCCCUCAGGAGAACAUUGUAACAGAAAUACAAGAAACCUCUAACACAGGUUAGGCAAAGAACAAUACCAAAGAACUAAAAAUCACCAAAAUCUAACUGAAACAAAAAAUUCACAUAAUUAAAAACAUAAGCACUUGGUCACGAGACUCAGGACAAAGACUAUAAACCCCUCAGCUGUAUGCAAACACAGGAAACACCGCUGCUGAUAAAAGACAGACGGGCGUGGUGUGGUUUCCAUAUGCUGUAUGUAUGUGUGUGCGUGUGUGUGUUUGUGUGUGUGUGUGGUUGAGAACUUCCUGCUGCUUAGACAGUUUGUCUCUGCAGAAGUCAGCGUCAGUGUGUUUGCUGGCAGAUUAGCCGCUUCUUUCAUUUUUCAUUCUGCUGUUUUAGCCACACUCAAUCAAGUCAGAAUGAAGAUAGCAGCCUUUAAUGGCAAGAACCUGGGACAUAAGAAAGUCCAUGACAAGUCUGUCAUCAAACACCUCACCAAGAUCAUAUCUCGGUACAGUGUGAUUGUCCUGCUGGAGGUGGUGGAUAAGAGCGGCAAAGCCAUGGAAACGUUACUUCAAGAACUCAACAAAACUGUAAAACGCCCCUACAAAAAAACUGCCAGCAAACAACUGGGACGAGACACCUACAAGGAGCAAUAUGUCUGUUUCUACAGACCAGAUGAAGUGACGCUGAAGGAUUCACACCAGUAUGAAGAUAAUCAGGCUGGAGAUGAAGAUGCCUUUGCCAGAGAGCCCUUCAUCCUGCGGUUUGAUUGUCCAACUACAGUUGUGGACGAUCUGGUCCUGAUCCCAGUCCACACAAAGCCAGAGGACUCUCUGAAGGAGCUGGACGAGCUGCAUGAUGUAGUUGAAGACAUCAGGAAGAAAUGGAAAACUGAUAAUAUAAUGCUUUUGGGGGACUUUAAUGCUGAUGGACGAUAUCUCUCCAAGAAGAAGAAGGAAAAGAUUCGCAUCUGCUCUUCUUCCUACAACUGGCUCAUUGAUGACAAUGUCGACACCACAGCUAGCAACAAAAAUGAUAACACCUACGACAGAAUUGUUGUGUAUGGACAGACCAUGCUGAACGCCAUCGUCCCCAACUCGGCCAAGUCCUUCAACUUCCAGCAGGAGUUUGACCUGACCGAUGAGGAGGCCCUGGGCAUCAGUGACCAUUACCCUGUGGAGGUGGAGCUGAAGACCAAAGAUGCGUCUGGGGAAGGACAAUCUAAGAAAAAAAGGACAACAGGAUCAAAAAAGAAAGCAAGGACAAGCAUCCAACAUGCCAACCAAGAGAGGACGUCGGGCUGUUUAGUGUUAAACUUUAACAAUCUUGCUAUUAAUUUUUAAAAUUUGUGUUACUCCAGUUAAUUUUUAAACUCAGUUUUUCUUCGGAUUUAACAGAAAACCACAUCAGGUGGUUCAACGUGAUAAAAAAUAACUGUUUGUCUUCUUUACUGAAUUUACUGUGGAAAAGACAAAUGAGUGUAAAGAUAUUAGUACUACAUGGAAAUUAGGUUAGACUAUGUAAGAAAUAAUUGUUGUUUUAUUAUAUGUUUUCCGGACCUUCCAUGGUAAACAUGAACUUAUUUUGGUUUCUCUUGGUCACUGUAUAGAAAGCAUACCCCACAGGGUCUACCUUGGGCUAUUUUGCUAUUUAGAGUGGGAAUGUAUGUAUAAAUAUUUUACUUCUGAGCUAAGGGCAUUAGCAGGAAAUAAAAUGUA